AGCCAGGCUGAGCAAUUCCAAUAUGGUGGCCAGCUUGGCAGGUCUACGGUUCCUGUUGAUGUUAUUGUUGUUCUGUGGGAUCAGGUACGGCGCCUGCAGCCAGGAAGCUCCGCAGGUCGUGGGGCUGCGACUGGAGGACCCGGUGGGUCCGGUGCGCAUGAAGGGUCGGAUCAUCUCUGCGCCAGGAGGAGCCACGUUCAAGCUCCGUCUCUUUGGGGCUAAUCUGAAUGGAAGCUGGCCGAGCUUGGCGUUCGCUGGGGCGCCCGCGGGAGCCGCGGGGGCGGUCGGUGAUGCUCCGGACCCGUGCGAGGAUGAGUCCAGCCGCGACGAGUCCGAAUUUGAGGUCAAAAAGUUCGAGCCGGACGAGAUGUACAGCGGCCUGCUGACGGUGGAGGUGAAGCGUGGGAGGAUCUCGGACCACUUCCACCACCUGUGUGUGCAGAGCGGGGAGAGGUGGGCAUCCGUGGGCCCGGACAGACUGCGGAUAAGCGGCGCCGGGGCUCUCCCAGCAGACCACAUCCCGCCGUGGGCUCUGGGUCUCCUGGUGGUGCUGAUGCUGCUGAUCUGCGGGCUGCUGAGGACCGUGAACCUCAGCCUGCUCUGGCUGGACCCCGUGGAGCUCUAUGUGCUCCACAGCUGUGGCUCCGAGGAGGAGAAACGCGCCGCCAAGCGCCUGGAGCCCAUCAGGAGGAGGGGGAACUUCUUGGCAUGCUCGCUGCUGUUCCUCUGCGCCUUGGGCCACUCGGUCCUCGGGGUGCUCCUGUACAGGGCGCUGGGCUGCGUCGUGUCCGCGGUGUUCACCAGUGGCUUCCUGAUCUUCUUCCUGGCCGAGCUGGCUCCUCACGUCAUGUGCUCCGGCUACGGCUUCCAGCUGGCGCCCGGACUGACCUGGCUGGCCCAGGUCUGCAUGGUGCUCACCUGCCCCCUGUCCUGUCCUCUCGGGCUGAUCCUGGACCUGGGCCUGGGGAGAGACAUCAGCACCUGUGGGAUACGGGAGAGAGCCAUGGAGAUGAUCCGCGCCAGCGUCAAUGACCCCUAUAGUGAGUUUGUGAAAGAGGAGUUCAGCCAUGGGAUGCUACGGACAAAGACAGUGGAGGACAUCCUGACUCCUCUGAAGGACUGCUUCAUGCUUCCCAGCUCGUCCGUCCUCGACUUCUCCACCAUGUCGGAGAUCAUGCAGAGCGGAUACACCCGGGUGCCCAUUUAUGAGGAGGAGAGGUCCAACAUUGUGGAAAUCCUUUAUGUGAAGGAUUUGGCGCUGGUGGACCCGGAGGACUGCACCCCCAUGACGACCAUCACCAAGUUCUACAAUCAUCCGCUUCACUUUGUCUUCAACGACACCAAGCUGGACGCCAUGCUGGAGGAGUUCAAGAAAGGCAACUCUCACAUGGCCAUCGUCCAGAAGGUGAACAACGAGGGGGAGGGCGAUCCUUUCUACGAGGUGCUUGGGCUGGUCACCUUGGAGGACGUCAUCGAGGAGAUCAUCAAGUCAGAGAUCAUGGACGAGUCUGACGGCUACUUGGACAGGAAGGUGAAGCGUCCCAUGGCUCCUCUGGAGAUCCCUCUGGAGCCUCGCAGCUCCCACGAGGAGUUUUCCCUUUUCAAGCCUCCAGAGGGCGAGCCUAAGAUCCGCACGUCUCCUCAACUCCUGCUGGCCACGCACCGCUUCCUGUCUAGAGAAGUGGAGCACUUCAGCCCAGCUCGAGUGUCCGAGAAGGUGCUGUUCCACCUGCUGCGCCACCCCAGCGUCAACCAGGAGGUGCACUUUGACCACAGUAACCGGCUGAGCCCGAGCCACUACCUGUACACCCGCAACCACCCGGUGGACUACUUCAUCCUCCUGCUGCAGGGCCGUGUAGAGGUGGAAAUUGGCAAAGAGGGCCUGAAGUUCGAGAACGGGGCCUUCACUUACUACGGCGUGUCUGCUCUGACGCUGCCCUCUUCAGUUCACCAGUCUCCAGUGUCGACCCAGCGGCACUCUCCCAGGGAUCCCUUCGAGUCAGCAGAUGCCACCAGCCCGUCCAGCUACUGCCCCGACUACACAGUGCGAGCUCUCACUGACCUGCAGCUCAUACGGGUGACUCGCCUGCAGUACCUGAACGCCCUCAUGGCGUCGCGGGCGGGCCAGAGCCCAGAUCCUCCAGAGAUCAAGAUCCUGCCCAACAGUCAGACGAAGCUGCUGAAUGAACGAAACACCACACCAGAGUUUCCUGUAAACUUUUCAUUCUUUGAUACCAUUGAGAACUACUUUUAGCGGGUUUUAUGCAUGAGGUAAAUCCAACCUAGCCCAGUCUCAGACUUACUCACAGGCUGACACAUUUACCUGCUCAUAAUAUCUGUCCCAGAGAGCCCCUCUAAUCAUGUUAGAAUGUCUGUGGAUGUAUAAAGGUAAAUGCGUCUUUUACGUUUAUUCCGUUCAGCCUUGUUUUUGCCUUUUUCUUUACAUCACUUUGCCCGUUUCUGUCCUACCGUAGCUGCAGUAGAUAUUCUUCUUGAUUCUCAUCAGCCUAUGUUUCCAUAAAACAAAGAUGUGACAGUAAUACUUUGUUUGAAAAAGCCUGCAGGUGGGGAUGAACCGUGUCUCUCUGGCGGCCAUAUUGGAGGUUCACCAUGUUUGAAGGGAACUUGUUAAAAAAUAAAAAUAAAAAAUCUGCCCUGUUUUCUUCCUGCUGCAUUGUAACUCAAAAUCCCUUUUGGCUCCAUUCCACAUCUGUAGCUUGAUGAGAUAAAUAUGUGCCAAGUAAUAGGAAAGUGUAUCAGAUUCAGUUCCAUGUAAAUAAUGUAUAUUAUGUAAAUAUUAUGGCUGCAAAACAGUAUAAAAUCAUGAGAUGGAAAUAGAUAGAUAGAUUUUUAUUACAGACUCAAGGUCCAAUUUACAAAAACGAAUAAAAGAAUAAAAAGGAAAAAAAAAAGACUCCUAGCCGUUCAAAAGGCCAUCAUACCAAUGUCUCCAGAGUACAGAUGAGUAUUUUACUGCACCAUAUUUAACAUUAGUCAACAGUUGGAUAAUUCUAUUAUUGGAGUCGUUUAAACUAUUAUGGGUGGGUAAUUAUUGCAAUGAUAUCAGUUUCAAUAAGUCGGCACUUUUCUCUAACCUCCCCUUCUUAUCUGUCCUUCCGACACUAACUGCGACCUUUAGCAUCACAGGCUCUGUGAUCAGUGUCAGCAGGUAGGGAGGCGUGAGCUACGUAGCGAUAUUAGACCCUGAAGGAUUAUCACCAGUUUACUGUUCCUCCUUUUCCUGCAAAAGGAAACUUCCAACCAACUCAUGUAGGUUAAAAGAAAUGGUUACUGCCUUCACCCAGUAGUAGGAGUGUAACUCACCAGCUUUGUCACGAUAGGAUGUUAUACCAAUUUGUUUGGAUGGAUACAAAUUUAGCUGAUAUAGUGAAGUCUGUUACCUGCUCAUCUAAAACUAUUAUUUACACUGAUAUAAACUCACAAAAAAUCCUAUGAUUUGACCAUUUUAUAUCUAAGCUGUUACAGGUGUCAGGCAUUUGAAUCAAAAACAGAAAACAAAGCUGCUGACCUCCAAUAUGUACCCCGAGUGGACAUGUGACAUCCCCUCAGGUGUGCUAGAAACGGGACAGAAUAGAUGGUUUACAAAGUAAUGUCCCUUUCUGUCCUCCUCCUUCUCCUCCGCUAUCUUUUGCUUCUGUUGCUCUGAUAGUUUCUCCUCUAAACCCCCUGCCCACCUGAAACCUCCCCUUUUAUGUGUGUGAGCGCUUUCAUCCUUAUUACCUCACACCUCACAGCAGCUCUCCUCUGAUUGGUCGGGUUCCACAGGUAGCAGCAGAGCCCAGGAGAGCUCAACAGAAGAGGAGGCUCAUGGGUAGCACAGAAAACAUUCAAACCAUCUUGUUGUUUAGUUUUUACUGAUAAAUCCCACAUGGCUGGAUCGUAGUUACUGGACCAGACUGGAGCAAGAGAGACUUUUAUUUAACUGGGUCCGCUGUUCACACUUCUCAUGUCCAUCGCCAUUCCUUUAUGUGAUCUUAGUCACUGAUUAUUUUAUACCUGUAUGUACAUAUGUCUGUAUAAAUAUAAAUAUAGAGUGAAAAGAGAAGGUAUGUGGAUCUUGGGAUAAUUUGAUUUUCUGCAUUAACUGGUUUUUAGAUGUGAUCUGAACUUUUUCGUUUAAAAAGACAAUUUCUUUUAACGUUUCAUGCUGCAUAAUAAUGCAAAAUCUCAGUGUUGGCUGGAAAAGUAAGUGAACCCUUGAGUUAAUAAAUGUUGAAACCAUCGUUGUUCCAGAGGACAGCUUUGACACCCUACCCUGGAGUUCAUCAGUUCUUAUAGUGCUGCUUCUGGUUCCUGAAAAGGAAGAAAAUGUUGCUUUAGGACAUUGCAGAAAUUUCACUCGGAUUUGAUGUCGCUGUGCAUUCCCAUGCAAACUUAAAUCAGGGAGACCAUCACAUUCAAACUGGAAAAGAGAUAUAAGAGGUACUGGUGCAACCGAGGACUGCACUAUGCAGUUAAAUGUAGUCACAUAGGAGGAAACCAAUUUCAGCAUGUUAGAUUUAGAGCAGCAUUUUGUCAGAAAUGCUUUGGAAAUCCAUAGUCAUGUUUCUGUUAUUAUGAAAA